CGUUAAUAAAAUAGCCCAUUUUAUCAAUAAAACAUAUACUCUUAAUAAUAGUUUGAAGACAUUGUAGUUGAUCUGUUUUUUGAGGAAAUUUAAUUCAUAAAAUAUCUUUAGAUAACAUAAUGUUGACAACAUCAGAAACUCCAGUUAAAAAAAUCACAAAUACAAUCAAGAAAAACAAAUAUAAAGAAGAAAAAGACAAAAAAAUGCCUAGAUAUCGUUCACUUUCUAUCACUAGAAAUGCAUCAAAUAUAUCUUUAGCAGCAGAUAAAGAUAAUAGUAUUAUUUCAAAUUUAGCAAAACGGAAUAAUAUAAGAACAGAAAUAAAUAAUUCCAAGGAAUCUAGCAAAUCUUUUUCUAAUUAUUAUUCAUAUUUUUUGCCUCCUAAAGAAUUAGAAAUAAGGGAUGAUAAUAUAAAUUUUUUGCAACGCAAUAAUUUAGAACAUUUAAAAAAACAUAACACAUAUAAAUCAGAUACAGAGGAUUAUGUUGAGAAGGGAACAGAAAAAAAAAUAAGUGAAGUUAAUGAAGGAAAUGGUGUUAUAUCAAAAGUUAUAAAAAAAAGUAUAAAAGAUUUCAUACUUGGACGUACACUUGGAGAAGGAUCGUAUUCAACAGUUGUUGCAGCUAGAGAUAAACAAACAUCAAAAGAAUAUGCAAUUAAAAUCCUGGAUAAACGACAUAUUAUUAAAGAAAAAAAAGUUAAAUAUGUCUAUAUAGAAAAAGACACUUUAAAUAAACUUGGAAACCAUCCGGGAAUUGUUCAAUUAUAUUAUACAUUUCAGGAUGAGAGGAAUUUAUAUUUCGUUUUAAGUCUUGCAGCAAAUGGAGAACUUCUUGGAUUUGUUAAACAUUUUGGUUCAUUGAAUGAAGAAUGCACUAGAUAUUAUGGUGCCCAGAUUUUAGACGCUGUACAAUAUAUACAUGAAUGUGGUAUUAUUCAUCGCGAUCUUAAGCCAGAAAAUGUAUUACUUGAUGAUAAAAUGAAAAUCAAAAUUACAGACUUUGGUACUGCAAAAAUAUUGCAAUCACCUUUAGAACUUAACAUAACGGAUAAAGCAGACGAAAAAUACAAUACUACUGAUAAUGACGACAAAUUUCAUAGGGCAAAUUCCUUUGUUGGAACAGCUGAAUAUGUAUCUCCGGAAUUAUUGAUGGAUAAAGUUGCAUAUAAGAGUUCCGAUAUAUGGGCAUAUGGAUGCAUAAUAUACCAGCUUUUCGUAGGACGCCCUCCUUUUAAAGCAUCGAAUGAAUAUCAAACAUUUCAAAAAAUCAUUAAUCUUAAAUAUCAGUUUCCUCCCAAUUUUCCGCCAAAUGCCAGGGAUCUCUGCGAAAAAAUAUUAAUUCUUGAUCCUUUAAAAAGACUAAGUAUAAACGAACUUAAAUCUCAUGCAUUUUUUGAUGGUAUGCCAUGGGGGAAAGUUCUAUGGAAAACAAAUCCACCUAAGUUAAAACCAUAUAAAACUUCCAUCAUUACUGAAAGUCCUCGAAUACCCUCAAAUAUUAUAAAGCUAAAUUCAGUCUCUAAUCCAACAUUAUUACCUAAUACUAUGGAUAAACAAGAAAAACAUAAACAAUUAUUAAAUUAUCCACAAGACAUACCUAAACAAAACACAGAAAACCCAUCGCUAUCUAAAUUAAAUGAACUAUGGUCAUCAGUCUUAGUUUUACCUAAUGAAAGGCUUUUACGUCUUGGUCAAGUUUCAGUGUCAACAGGAAAAGGGGUAGGAGAAGAUGGUAUUUUAUCAGGUAAAUCACCUAGUAGACUUUCCAGACUUCUUCAUCGAAAAAAAACUCGAAAUCUUCUUGUUACAAGUGAGGGAAGAGCUUUAUUCGUUACUGAAGAAAGUAAUGGUGAGAAAAAAAUUAAAAGUGAAAUCCCUUUAGGAAAAUCAAAUAUAAAAAUAAGGCUAGAGGGAAAUAGUGGAAGAUUAUGGGUAAUAGAAACGCCAAAUAAAAUUUAUAAUUUUGAUGAUCUUCAUGAACGUGCUGUAGAAUGGGUAGAGCUUAUUGAAAGGGUUAAUAAAGAACGAUGCAACCGCUAGUAUCUAUGUAAAUAUUCAAAAAAAGAGAAUAAACAAUUAUCACGAUAAAAUUAUACUUUAUACAAAUAAUCAAUAUCAUUAUUCCAUACAAUGUCAUUUAAAUAUAUGUAGCAUCUUAACAUGCAAGAAGGCAAGAUUAUAUACGUUUUUGGGAACCUUUCAAGAAAAUUCAACACUUAUAACAUAUUCUGUAAUAAUACAUUAAUUUCCAAAAAAAUUCAUGACUAAUUAUAUUCUUGU